AUGGGAAAUUAUCUGACCCAGCCUAUUUGCAGCAAGCACAGCCAGGCCGGUGCCACUGAGCGAUUCUCUUAUGCUGCGUCGAGCAUGCAGGGAUGGAGGCUGACAAUGGAAGACGCACAUCUCCUGUACAACUGUGUCGAUCAGACGGCGAACAAUGAAAGAGUGUAUAUUUUUGGUAUUUAUGACGGGCAUGGAGGAGCGGAAGUUUCCAAGUUUGCCGCACACACGAUCGUUGAAGAGUUGAGGAAAUGUCCGCAAUAUCAAGAGGGAGAGUACGAGAUAGCGCUGAAAGUAGCCUAUUGCAAUCUAGAUCGCAUUUUGAAGUCGACUGAUUGGCUAGAAGACUUGGCUGCAAAAAUCAAAUCCAGUGACUUCUCGCACAAAUAUUGUUUCUAUGACCGUGGCGACCAUAAACCUAGUACUGUCUCCUUUGUCCAUGACUCGAGUCCCUGUGAAGACUGUCGCUGCCCUAUGCCUGUUAGCUGUCAUAAAGGCGCCAAAAACAGUCCGGAAGCCACCAGUCCGACAACCGUGGCGGCUCAACAGACUACGCCAUCUUUACUGGAGAGUUUGUACAAACUUGUGUCGAAACGAUUUACCUGGAAGACCGAAGAUUCUAAACUUCAAAUGAAAAACAAAGCUGUCCUAUCCGGAUGCACGGCGCUAACUGCUUUGAUCGUAGGGGAGGAUAUAUAUGUCGCCAAUGCUGGUGAUAGUCGGGCUGUAUUGUGCCGGGCGGGGAAGGCGGACCCUUUGAGCUUUGAUCACAAACCCACUAACACCGAAGAGCGCGAAAGGAUUUAUCAGGCAGGUGGUUAUGUUGAGUUCGGACGCAUCAAUGGGAACUUGAACUUGUCUAGGGCUAUCGGUGAUCUCGUAUAUAAACAAGAUACGUUGAAGCCUCCGGAACGCCAGAUUGUCUCUGCAUUCCCUGAUAUCAUCAAAAAAAAAUUGACUCCAACAGAUGAAUUUAUUAUUAUGGGAUGUGAUGGCAUUUGGGAGUAUAAUAGCUGUCAGGAUGUCGUGGAUUAUGUACGAUCAAGAAUGAUGGUGAAUGAUAGUAUGCCGCUGAUUCUGGAGGAAUUAUUUGAUUCGAUUAUUUCCCCUAACCCUUCUAUCUAUGAGUAUGGUUGCGAUAACAUGACAGGCAUUAUUAUAAAUCUGAGACCGUUCCUAAAUUGUUCGUGCAAGUGUCAUGAGCCACAAAGACUUUACCACACAAUUUGCACCACUGACGACUACGAGGAGGAUGGAAUUGAACUGGAAGAAGUGUUUAAUAACAAUUUCUUUCCAGAUGGUUCGGACCAGUUGGAUUCGAAGAGCGGUGAGGAUGGCGACCAGAACGCGGUGGCAGCGCUGGAGUCGGUGGCAGCGCUGGAGUCGGUGGCAGCGCUGGAGUCGGUGGCAGCGCUGGAGUCGUCAAUGUCCGAGGGACGACCAAUGGUCACUAAGGCUCAGUCUCUCGCGAUGGGGAAAUUGGGUGACGAACUGAUCUCCCGGGCUUCCACUAGUUCUCCCCUCAAAGGGGAUGCUACGGGUGAUGUGACGGACAGCAUCGUGGAAACCUCGUUCGAAGAGUCAACUGCCAGAUCUUUCGACGAACCCAGUGACCGAGACAUGGCCUCAGGUCCGGUCGUCGACACCGUCGCUUCGGACAACCUCUCUGAUGGGGAAGAACUGUUCCCCCGUCCGACUGCUGCACUGACUCGUCCACACGUAGCCUCCGCCCUCACGGAGUCAGACGACGAUGCCACAGUGUGGGACGUCACAGAAGGAGGCGACACGGCCAGGUUGUAA